UUGUCGAAUUGUAAAACCGGUGAAUGUUUGUUCGUUAAUAUAUGCAAUGGAGUGGCAAAUAAAUUCACGUGUUUUCUUUUCGACUUCCGUUCCAUCACAUGGUUGAUGUUUGGUUGCUUCCUACUCGUACUGUGUAUAUGCUCCUCACUGGUGGCUUGCUAUGCCUGUCGAGCCAUUCGGGAGUCAUUGAAAUGGCAGGUGGUUCACACUCCUAACCGGGAUGUUGUUUUCAAUCAUUCAGGACCAAUUCAUUAUAUUCACACUCCUACCACUCGGCAUCCAUACGGCACUAGACGCUAA